CCUACCUAUGUCCUCUACCUGAUCAUGGCAGUCUUCGUUGUGCUGGGUGUUCUUUAUGCCAUUAUCGGUCAUCUCAUCACAGACCUCAUCCAUGACGUGGCAGACUGGGUGUUUGGGGAGCAGCCUGAGGAAGUAGUGGUGAACUAUUGUGAAGCCAAGGAUAAGUUCAUGGUAGACUGGUGCCCAGAAACUUCCCCAGAACUCGAGGCACUGGCCCGGGCCGAGGAGAACAAGAUUAUUGACAGGGACUUCAUAAAAGCCCCCGCCAUCUGGAUCAUCUCUACAGAACCUCAGGGCACCAAGUCGGGACCCCGUGUGGUCUUUGACAAGAGGAGUUAGGGCAAAGAAGACGGCAUCUUAUUAGGGACUUGCUGUUGAUGUAGAGCUUCUGUAUCUGAAUGUUUUGAGAUGACUGAGAAGUGAAGUGAACGGCUGUAAUGAAGCACGACUGUGUACAGCUGGAGAAGUGUGUGAUCACAGACACAGGAGGGUGUCUGUUGCUG